AUGAAUUUAAACGAAAAUGCAUUACUCUAACUUAGUACUAGAAUUGCUGCACCAAGAAGAGCUACUGUGUUUAGUUAUUCUAAAAAAGGAUUGAAUCUAAGGCCUGAUAGUCCUAAAACUAGAGAGGCAUGUUUAGCUAUGGGCUAUGAUGCUUCAAUCUUUAAACUCAAGUAUUUAAUUUAUCAUAUUUAGAAAAUUGGAAGAAUUUGGUGGACCAAAUGUCCCUGAAUCAGUUCAAAAAAUGAGAUAUGAUCAUUAUGUAAGAAAAAUGGAAAGUAUAUUCUCCAUCUUAAUUGAAAGUUACAUUUAAGGAGAUCUCCAAAAAAAGAAAACAAAUCAUAAAGAAAAAUAAAGGAUUAUAAAAUAUUUAAUUAGAAAAAUCAUUUCAUAGAGAUGAAGGGUAUCUUCUAGUAUCUAUUUAUAUUUUUAGUUUAGUAAAUGAUUUGAUAGAAGUUUAUAAUAAAAAGAUGGUGAAUCUUAAAAUUGAAGAAGAAGAAGGAAAUAAUUCUUAUGAAUCAUAUGAUGAAGAAGAUCCACUUCUUGUUUUAGAAGAAUAAUUAGAAAAAGAAAUUAGAAAAUAUAAAAGAGCUCUUGGAGUUAAAGCUAAAGAAAUUCAUCAUUAAUUAGAAAAUGAAAAGAGAAGACAUUAAUUAUAAGAGGAAAUGGAAGAAAGAGAAAAAAAAAUUGCUGAAUUAAAUGAAAAAAUUAAAAAAGAAAAAUUAUUAAAAAAAAAAAAAAAAUUUGAAGCAGCCUAAAAAAAAAUAAAUGACAUUAAAAAUAAAGAAAGAUUAUUUAAUCUUAAAUAAAUUGAUGAAAGAAAAAGAUAAUUAGAAAGAUUUGAAGAAUUAGGUAGAAAAUUAAAAUUUGAUGAAUAAAUUAAAAAAAAAGAAAUUGAAGAACACGAAAAAUCAUUAAGAUAAAAGUUUGAAACUGUAAGAGCUAAUAAAAAAAAAUUUGAUAAAUUUAUGGAAGACAAAAUGACACUUACUUUAUCUCAUUUAUAAGUUAAAUGUAAUUUUAUAUAUUCCCUAAACUAUUAGAAAAUGAAUGUAAUACAAAUAAAGAAAAGUUUACUUGGGAAAGCAAAUUAGAAAAAUUAACUAUGCGAAGUUCUCAUUAUGAUGAAAAAUUAAGAAAAAUUAAAUUAUAAACUGAAUAAAAGGAAGCAGAAGCAAUUUAAAAAGUUGUAGAAAAAAUGCAUAAUAAAGAAUAAGAUUUAUAAAGUAUAAUAAAUAUAAGAAAUUAUAGUGUUGGAAAAAUAAAAGUAAAUGAGUGAAUAAGCGAAAAUAAAAGAAGAACAUUCAAAAUAAAAAAAAGCUUAAGAUUGUUUAAAAAGAAUUUAAUCCAUGCAAUUGUAAAGAGUUUCAGAUUUAGAGAAAAAGUUCUUGGAUUAGGAUGAAUUAAGCAGUAGAAGAAAAGACGAAUAAGAUUUCUAAAAAAAUUUAAAAAAAGAAAAAAUGAAAAUUAAACAAUAAGAUUUAAUUGAAAAUUAUUAGAGAUAAGAAAGACUUAAAGAUUUGAGAUUUAAAUAAGUUAUAAAAGAUAAUCAGUAAUUGAAUGAAUAAAAGUCAUUAGAAAAACUUUCCAUGGAGUUAGUAAGAAAGGCUCAAUAAGAAUUAUAAAGAAAACUUAAACAAGAGAAUGAACAUUUAGAUAAAAGUUUAGUUUCUGUAAGUUAAGCAGAUAAUAAAUAAAUGGGGUAUAUGUUUGUUAUUAUUAUCAAAGAAAUUUAGUCCAAUAAUUAGAAAAAAGCUUAAUGCAAUAUUCUUAAUUGAUUUGAC